UGUGUUCGUUUGGGAGAUGUACUUUUAUUUAUUGUUUUGUCCAAUUUAAAUGGAUAAUCAUGAAUCACUUGGAUGUAUUACCUCGGAUUUUGACUAAUUAAAAAGCUGAUCCACCAACAUUGGUUGUUGCCCUCGGAAGAUGAAGACUCGGAAAAUGAAUGAGCCUUGGUGAGAGACUCGGUUGAAGUUUCUCAAGACUGGAAAUAAGUUACACACUUUCAAGAGGAUUGGCUGAUGAUGAGCUGUCCAAAUGGAUGAGUGAUAUUUAGCAUCGACCUAAAAGGAUUGGCCAAUCUGGUCGUUGAAAGAUUAAGAGCAGAACCAGCUAGAGGUCAAGGAUGAUGAUACCAUGUAAAUUAUUGACCCUUAAAAAAAGUUGAAGACAAACAGUCCUACCAAUUAGUUUGAUUCUAGGAAUCAAGUUUAUCCCUGACGGUACAUUGAUUUUUGCAUGUAUUUGCAGUUCUAGAAAUUGGCCUUGAGAUCGUGCAGGGAACCUGAACAAUAAGAAACAAUUUGAUUUAGUUUCCGGUUAAGUUUCUUAAAUUCAUCAUUCAACAUGAUUCUUAAUUUUAACUAUGGUUUGCAUGAAAUGGAAACUAAAUUUACCAAGUUGUUGAAAACCUUGAAAAUGAACCAAACAAAACUCAUUAAGAGUUAACCUUCAAUCAUUACCUGAGCAAUUUAAGGAUCGUGUUUACUUGCCGAUGUGAAAUUAUUAUUCUAAGUGAAAUAUCUCCGUUCAAAGGGAUUAAUGAAUCUCACUCUUUAAUAGUCCCGGUGAUGAGGAUUCUCAUAUCCUAUGAGUGUUUCUAUCUCAACUGAUUUGCAACCAACUCGCCCAAUUGUAAGUCCAAAAAUUCUUGUCUCAUUGAAUGAUUACCUGUAGAGCUGAAAGAUGGAGUUAGGAGAAAGUCGAUAUUACAAUUCAAGAAAUGGAUCCGAAUCUCAGUUGAUGAAUUUUCAACUGAAUUGCUGGUGAAAAGACUCAAUCCAAGUAUUGGAAUUGGAUCGAAACUAUUACAAUCAAAAACGAAACUGAUUGUGUUUACAAAUCUACUAAGCCUGAUAAUUGGAUUUAAUUAUUGACUGUUUCAUUUGUGUUUUCUAAUUACAUUAUUUUAUUUAAGUGACCAAAUCUUAUCAUGUGCGAACCAAAGUGUAUUAAUUUUCUUAAUUUAACUUUCAACUGAAAGAAAAACAAUCAUAUUCCAUAGCUCUUGGUCCAGUUUUGUUUCUUCCAUUCAAUUUAAACAACAAUAAAAUGCUUGAAGGUAGAAGUCUAAAAGGACGGAAAAGCUUAGGCCAAUUUGAGGCCAAAGGGAUUAUUGAUAAUCGUAAUCGACAACAGAGAAGUGAUGGAAAUACUCGCUAUCCCAAUUCGAUGGUUGGACUGGUCAAGACUAACAUGACUACAAGAAUUCCAAAGAAAAUUGAUACACCAACUCUUACCACAUCAGUGUCAUCAUCUUCUCACCAUCAGCAACAACCUUUAUCCGUUCCAACAUCAUCGAAAACAGUACCAUCUCCAUGUCCCGUUACCACGACCACAAGUCCAACAACCAUGACAGAACUCACUCCAGAGAUACAUUUUUUAAUUCGUGAACAUGCCAAGACUUUAGAGACCAUCAAUAAGAUAACCAAUCGUGUGGAUAAACUUGAUCACAAGAUUGAUGAUAUUUGUCGAAAGGUCACUCAAAUUGGAAACAAUGUAAUCAAGAAAGGCGAAUCAUCUGGUACUGCACCCAAUGCGCUAAGUGACGACAGUGGUGUCGAAUACAGUUGGACAACAAAUGGAACGGGUCCUGAUGAUGAUGAACUUUUAUCCCUGUUAAAUCAAAUAACCAAAUUUUCUGCCUCAAUUAAGAAUCAAAAAUGUCGCCCAAUACCAAGUGAACCUCUUGCACCACCAAAAUUAUCAGCAUCUAGAAAAAUUGUCUCUUCUUCAAUGGAUCAUCCCCGAUUGAAUGAAUGCCUCGACUCAAAUUCGGCACCUCAAUCUUUCAGUGCCUUGUUGUUUGAAUCAAAUGUUGAACAUUUUCUGGCUAACCUCGAUUUCGUUCCCGAGCCAGUUAGAACUAGUGAUUACAUCUAUCCACCCUCCAUUCCCGCAUCUCAACUCUUACCUUCUAAUCACCGUCAACAUCAUCAACCUGUCAAAUCUCACCCAAUUUCAGCUACUCGCUUAUUGACUGAAACGUUAUUUCAGCCGCACGAGCAAAAAGACCAGAAAUGAAAAUUGAAUCAGCUUUAUUAUAAUUAUGAUUAAUCCAGACAACGUUUGGCCGAAAUUAUUUUCAAACAAGUUCGAUAAUUGUAUUUUACUUUUCUUCUUCUUCUGAAUUGGUGAUCAAAGUUAAAGAUCAGAUCCCGUCAAAGGGAAUUAGUGAAUCUCUCCGUCCUUGAUAUAUUGACAAUAAUAAUUAUACGAAGCCUCGAUCGUCUUAAAGACAUUUUAUCAAGAAUUUAACUAAUCUUGCAAACGAUAAAUUUAAAUUAUCAUUAAUAGAAUACAAUUAACAUUGAUUACUUUCUAUUAUCACCGCAAGUCACAUGCAAUGUUUUCGACAUUCAAUUGUUCAAUGAAAAACUCAAUCAACUUAUUGAAUCUGUAAAAAAACAA